CUUUGUCUAUCGCUCCAAUCUCAAGUUUUAUGGCAAAAGUAAUGACAUUUUGUACUGGGAAUGCGUACAAAAUCGUUCCAUGAAAUGCCGCAGUCGCCUUAAGACCAUCGGCGACGAUCUCUACGUGACUAAUGAUGUACAUAAUCAUAUGGGCGAUACGAAACGUAUAGAGGCGGCCAAGGCGGCUGGCAUGCUUAUACACAAGAAGUUAAGCUCUCUGACUGCCGCCGAUCGUAUUCAUGGUUGGAAUCGUGCUGAGAGCGGCUCUGGCGAUCCGUUGGCGAAGAUUGAGUCAGCGUAG